AUGUGUGAUGAAGAAGAAAUCUUAUCAAGAAUUGAGACAAUCAACUAUUUUGGAGAAGAAGUGGCUCCAAGAGAAGCCAGCACUUUAUUAAUUUUGCCUAGAAAAGACUCUGCGACUGCUUCUUCAGCAACUUCUGGUGCUGAUCAAGAUUCAUUUGAAUUGCUAGAACCAAUGAUGGAAGAGAUUCAAGUGGAUCUAGACAAAAGCAUUGUUUCAACGGUUGACAUUGUGCCGUUUAAAAUUGAAACUGUUCAGUUGAUCUCACCAGAAAAGGAACUUGAAAGAGAGGAAAUGUCUCGAAUAGUGACAGCGACUUUUUGGAGUGAAGAAGGUUUGACAGCCGAAACAUCACAACCCUUGCUUGUAAGAGAGAUCUCUCAAGUCUCAUCGAGAACUUCUGGAGCUGAUGAAGAACAAAAUCUAUCAGAAGCAGAAUCGUCUGCAACUUCUGGGGCUGAUCAUGAUAGAUUGUUUAAGCAAUCAUUUGAUGAAGAGCCUCAGCCUACACCUUCUAUGCCACCACCCCGACCCAGCCCACCGAAGCUCGAUCAACUUGUCUCUCACCGAAUUCAAAUCGAUCUUGCCACUUCAAAAUCGAUCUCAACUUUCCCUUCACUAUCACAGACUAUAGAACCAAGAAAAACAAAAGACCAAGAAAUCGUCGAGCUGAUGAUCAUUCACCAGUGUCUCCUAUUUCACAAGCUGGCAUCAGUGAUCAGUUCCAAGGCUCAAUGGAAGAAGGAUUCU